CUCCCCCUCCUCCGCAGUGCACUAACAAGCGGAGAAGUGGAGCUAAACCGGAGGGGAGCCACCGUGGCUCGACUGUCUCGCUGGUGCUGCUGCUGCGACAUAAUCGUUAUAUUGGCACUUCAUUUUGGAAUAACGACUCUAGCGGAUAAGCUUGUUUAUAUAUAUAUUUUUCUUUCUGAGCGACCAGACGAAACACUCGGGAUGGCGAACCCAGUUGCAGAAAUCGGGCAGUCUCAUCAGCAUCACCCGGUGACAGCGUCCGCUUUCCAGGAGGCGCAGAAAUGGAUCGAGGCAGUGACGGGAAGGUGCUUUGGUGACAAGAAUUUCAGAGGAGGUUUGGAGAAUGGAAUACUGCUAUGCGAGCUACUGAGCUCCAUUAAACCUGGCUCUGUGAAGAAAAUCAACAGACUUGCGACACCCAUUGCUGGCCUGGACAACCUUAGUGUGUUUCUACGCGGAUGUGAGGAGUUGGGAUUGAAGGGCUCCCAGCUAUUUGACCCUGGAGACCUUCAGGAUACCACCACACGGCCAACUGCCAAGGGGGGCGACUGCAGCCGAAAGCUCAAGAAUGUUCUAAUCACCAUUUACUGGCUGGGUCGGGCUGCCAACGGCUGCACCACCUACAACGGGCCCACAUUGGACCUGAGGGAGUUUGAGGGCCUGCUGUCACAGAUGCGAAAGGAGGCGGAGGUGGCAGAGAGCCCCCAACGCAGCAUCCGGGACAGCGGCUACAUCGACUGCUGGGACUCCGAGCGCAGCGACUCCCUUUCUCCGCCACGCCACGGCCGCGAGGACUCCUUCGACAGCCUGGACUCCUUCGGCUCCCGCUCGCAACAAACCCCGUCGCCGGAUGUCCUGGUGGCCCGCGGCAGCAGCGAUGGCCGCGGCAGCGACUCCGAGUCGGACGGCCCGCCCCGCAGGAAGACCCCCGACAUCCACAAGGACGACAUGCUGGCCCGGCGGACCUCCGUGAGCGAGCCGCGGACCGCCAUGCCCUUCAACCAGUACCUGCCCAACAAGUGCAACCAGAGUGGAUAUGUGCCAAUGCCGCUGCGCAAGAAGAAGAGCGACAAAGAGGAGGGCGAUCGCAAGAGCUGGAGUACGGCCACCUCGCCAGUAGGGGGAGACAGACCUUUGCGUUCUUCAUCUCGCUCGUGCUCGGAGGAACUCUUUCACCAGGCAACAAGUCCCGUCAACACAUGCAGCCACAGUCCUCCUGAGGAGGCCGCCUCGCCAGCAGAGGAUGCCGUCACUCGUUUAAUCGCGGACAGAACCCCGACCUCACCCAGAGGCAUCAGCUUCCCAUGCCCCCUUCUUCCUGUGCCUGCUGCCAACACUGGCCGACGGAAAGGGAGGGCUCCGAGCGAGCGCAACGAGGCUUUCUCGGACCGAGAUUUUCCAGCAACUGUGUCAGGUGACCCACAGAGUGUGAGCAUGAUUGACAUGCGCGCCGAGGAGGAUGCCGUCCUGCAGCCGCACAGUCAAGUGCGUCACGAGCUGAUGCAUAAUCAGUACAACAGGAUGAAGGAAGAGGACAGUCACUGGCAGGACGACCUGGCUCGGUGGAAAAGUCGGAGGCGGAGCAUCUCCCAGGACCUGAUCAAGAAGGAGGAGGAGAGGAAGCUGAUGGAGCAGCUGUUGUCCGGAGACACCUGCAUCUCCCACAGGAGGAAAAGCAUCAAGACUUACAGGGAGAUUGUAGAAGACAAAGAACGUCGUGAGGAGGAGCUGCGGGCAGCUUACAGAAGAGCCAGAACCCCAGAGGAGGCGUCCUUCAUCCUCCAGCGCUACGCCCAGCGCUUUUCCAUCAGCGAGGCCGUGCUGGAGCGCCUGCAACUGCCCAAGCUCCUGGACCGCAGCAUUUCCGCCGACCCGUCCUUCCCUUGCUUCCCCAUCUCCCUUUCGCCUUCACCGACCACUCCUGCGCCCUCGGACACAGACCCCAACGGCCCCAUGAAGUAUCUGAGGCAGCAGUCCGCCCCCGCCCCCAGGUUCAUGUCGACGCUGGAGGCGCGGGUGGACGAGUUCCCCCGAGACUCGCCCCACCGGCCGCAGAUCCGCGCACGCUCGUCUGAGCCACCGUCCAACCGGGUGCUGCCGCCCAAGCCUGUGCCUUUGCUGACCCCCAAGCCUUACCUCCAGUCCUGGCCCUCCACGCCUGAACCCUGGUCCAGCAAGCCCGAUGGUUUGCUCCGGGUCAACGGCAAGACAGAAGGUGACCCCGAUGCUCCCAUCAUGCCCGAGAGCCCAGGAAGGGAAUUCUGUCCCGUUUUCCUACCGUCCUCCCCGAAAACAGCCAGCCCCAGCACCUGUGACGCUCCCUCGCCCGCACACAGUAGCACCGCCUACGCUGGAAGCCCAGUCUCCACACAUGCCAGUGCCAAGGCAUCGUCCGACGCUGACGUCUCUCUUCGGGACAUCCAGUAUGACAAAGUCACUCGGCACUCGACACCGGCGAGCCGGCCCACUUCACUGCCAGCGGAAUUGCAGAAGCCAGAGGGAAGCUUUGGGAUGCGUGGAAGCCAGUCAGCAGCUGCUCCAGUGGAGGAAAAGUGUGAAGAAUCAUGCCAUCAAACACCUGCAGAGGCCAAACAGGAGGCAGUGCCAUCGUGUCAAAGCAUCUCUAGUGGGGACCAGUCGGGGGUUGGCACGCAGGCAACAACCUCACAGACGAGCAUGCACAGUCACCUGGAGAGGAACCACCACAAGAAUGAGGAAGUAGCUUCUUCAGCUGCUCCAGGAACCACAGCAGGCUAUGCAAACACUCUCCAGUCUCCUUUGACAAGCAGCAACCCAAAUUUACGCUGGGAGUUCUUUGCAGAUAAGGGGGAGAAGGACCACUGCAGCAACGCCAGGCGGGCUGACCGCUGGUCCUGGGACCCGGACGAGGAGCGAAAGCGUCAAGAAAGGUGGCAGCGAGAGCAGGAGCGCAUGCUGCAGGAGAAGUACCAGCGGGAGCAGGAGAAGCUGAAGGAGGAGUGGGAGAAAGCUCAGAGGGAGGUGGCGGAGGAGGAGAGGAGGUACCACGAGGAGGAGCGUCGGAUACUGGAAGAGACGGUCGCUCCUCUGACUCCCUCGCCCGGCCGGACCGAGCCCUCGCCAGACUUCCAUGAACCCCAGGACGCCAUCGUCCGUUCUCUGGCAGACUGGGAACGCAAGCAGGAGCGCCUGCAUUCGAAGGGAAGUGCAGAGAGCACAGAGUGGCGACGACGAGAGAACGACAGGACGAGUGACAUUAGCACCGCGGAUGACAGUUUCAAGACGGGCAGAAGCUCAGUGAGUCAGAGCAGCUGUCUGCAGAAUGGGCAGAAACUUCCCCAAAUACCCAAAACCUCCUCGCCAGGCAAGAAACAGCAAGAGCUGGCGGCAGACACCAAGAGGCCUGCAGGAGAGCGCAGGAGCGUCCCCACCGGUAAUAACGUGGGCCACAGCUCAUCAAAGUCCCCAGCAGCAUGUCCACCACCCGGCGACACCAUGCCUCCACCCAACAGGUCAGUCAGCGGGAAGAAGCUGUGCUCCAGCUGCAGUCAGCCAUUAGGGAAGGGGGCGGCCAUGAUCAUCGAGACCCUCAGCCUCUUCUUCCACAUUGACUGUUUUAAGUGUGGUGUGUGUAAGGGACAAUUAGGAGACACAUCCACGGGCACGGACGUCCGGAUCAGAAACGGCCUCCUCAACUGCCACCAGUGCUACAUCCGCUCCCGCUCGGCUGGACAGCCCACCACCUUGUGACGCCUCCACCACCACCACAACCUGGCAGAGGCCCCGCCCCCUCCAACCCGGGAGUUGAACCCCGAUGUCCUGCAAAGCCCCCGUCCUGCCGCCUCAUCAUGUAUACACAGACUUCUUUGUGUCGACAUUCAUAAGAAUAAUAUUCAUGUUUUUACCAAGCACAAUCUAUUUCCCAUAGACAGGAAGUGCACAUCAUUGCUUUAUUUGAUGUUACACCCUUGGAAUGACAUCUAAGGAACAAAUUCACGGAUAUGAUUAUGCAAAUGAACUAUUGCAAAGUGCAAUACUAUUGAAUGUCACACAUCACAUUGUACACGUCCUGCAUAGGCCGCCAUUCUCUUCUUAAGAUGUAUGCAUUAUUCCUUAAUCCGAUUGUUGACAAAAAAAUGCCUUUCAGUGUGAGGAAAAAAGAAUAGUGUGCACAUACUCCACUGACUGAAUGUGGAUUCAUGCAGGCAAUACGUGGACAGGCUAGGUUGGGAAAACUGAAAUGUGCCUUAGGAGCCAAAAGGACGACGACACAGGAAAGAAACGUACGUUAUUUCACGUUGUUGCACGGAGGGAAACGAGCAAAACUGCCCCCUCAUGCCUCAGUGAUUUGCAGUGAUUGAUUUGUGGUAUAAUACACACUACACCAUAUUUUAUGAUAUAUUCCAGCUCUAUGUUCUUUCCUAUGGGGGCUCAUUGAUCAAUAUUAGCAGAGAUCGUGUAUCAAACGCAUACCAGCAGCAGUUGUGCAAUACUUCAUCGGAUCGGAACAUUUUUAACAAGUUGCUUUGUUUGUUUUUUAGGCCAGAGUGUUGUGGACGUGUACACAAUCGAACCAAAAAAAACAAAAAACAAAAGCAAUAGCCCCUCGUGGUCCCUCUAGAGCCAAGCUUUCCUCUUUCGGUGUUCCUCUGCUUCUCCUCCACUUUUUCUUUUUCUUUUGGAGGCUGCUUUUAGCUGCAGACUCAACCGUGGACCUGUGAGACGGCCUUCUUGGCAUCUCGCGUGUAUUUAUUGGAAUACUCACCUGAGCUAUGACAUGUAGAUGUAUUUUAUUCCUUUCACGUGGCAGUGCAUUUAAAACGAGACUGGAUGUUUAUAAAUAAAACCUUACAAAGUCUCACAGUGUCGUUGUCGUUUUAUACACACCAUGCACACCGUACCGUAUACACCGAGCACAGGUGGCUUCAAGUACGUUUGAAAUGCUUUAGGGUUAAAAUAUGAGAAAAAUCUCUCACUACAUGAAUAAAUAUUGUAAAAUGGACUGAGCAAUAUUGCCUUUAUGAGGGC